CACUCACAGAAUACCUUCCUUGAACUGGCUUAUUACCGAAGGACACAUCUCUAGUUCUUUAUUUAUUUAUGGUUUGGUUGUUGUUUGGACAAAUAAAACUGCAAAACAAUUCUUGUUUACACUUUAAAUAUAUAAAAUGAGCUCGCCAUCAAUGAAGAAUCAAAAUGACGCUGCAACGAAGCAGCGAAAAUCUACGAAAACAAAUUCUACGAUAAAAACAAAUUUGGAUACUAGAGCCGAGUUGGCGGACUUGAUCAAGAAAAAGGCGGAAACAUCUGAACAACUGGCAAAUUUGGAGAGGCAAAUAUAUGCAUUUGAGGGUUCUUAUUUGGAAGAUACUCAACUCUGUGGCAACAUAAUACGUGGAUGGGAACGUUAUCUGACCUCGAACAAGGCAACAAAUUCCAAAGCGGAUAAACGGAACAGGAAGUUCAAAGAAGCUGAACGAUUGUUCUCCAAGUCAUCUAUAACUUCAAUGGCCAUUUGUAACCCCGAACGAGCCAGUGAAUCUGAUUCGGUAACAAAUGAAGACUCCAGUGACAAUCAGAUAGCGUUAAACCAAAACACCACUACAGCCCAUGAUGGAGCGACAAGUAUAAAAAGUGCAGGAAAAGAUGAUAAGAGUGAUCGCGCAUCAACUCCUCAACGUGAAACGAUAAAGGAACCGGGUACACCGGGUGGUGGCACCUCUACUAAGAGUAAGUUGUCCUCUUCCAGCGUGACGGCCAAGAAAGGUGGACAUGUCAAUAAAAAGAUCCGUCAUCGAUGAUUUAG